AUGGCCGUCGCUCUCAGCCCCGGCUUCAGUUCUCCGCUUCGUAACCGGUCCAAUCAUGUGAUACAGUUAAAGCCUUUGCCUUUCACGUUCCAAAUCUCUUCAAUUUGUUCGACAAGGUUGUUAUUACUUUCAAGCAAAAGAAGAUUGGUUUUAUCUUGUUCAACGACAGAUGACAAUUCCAUCACAACAACAUCCGUCGACUCUAACAAACCAGGAACUGAGUCCGUUGAAGCAGGCAGCAACGGUUCAGGCAAAAGAGCGCCAUUGACAGCAAGAGAGAGACUAAGAGCAGCUCGUGUGCUCAGCCGAUACACAGAGGCAACACCGAAACCGUCAAAACCCAAAAUGGGGAGCCAGAUUCUUGAGGUGCUCAAGGAAAGCGAUAAGAAAUCAAAUCGGAAACCGGGUCUACCCCAAGCACCGACCAACAUGCUUGAUGAUAGCAAGAGAGGUAUGCCCAAGAAUGGCCUUACCUUUGAUCUCCCUGGAAGCGCAGAUAUACUCAUCAUCGCUUUCUCCUUUGUGUUCAUAAGCACGGUCAUGUUUGCUACUACUUUUCUUGUCUGGAAACUCGGUGCUAUUCACUUCAAUGAAAACUAA